AUGCAGUUAACCCUCACCAGCAUUGUGAAGACGGCCGUCACAGGAGGGUAUCUGGAUAAGAAAUCUCAGGCAAAGCUCGCGAACAAUGCAGAUCACACGUAUAUCAAAGGAGAUGCUGAGCAUCGGGGACCGUGUCCUGGGCUGAAUGCGUUGGCAAACCAAGGCUGGCUACCACGAGAUGGGAGAAACCUCACCAUUCCGCAAGUCCAACACGCGCUGGAGACUGCCCUCCACAUGGACUGGUUAGCCGCAGCCUCGCUCUGUAGCAGUCUCCCUCCUCUCCUCCGCAACGAUGGCACCUUCGACCUGGUAGACACACGCCGGCACAACGUCAUCGAGCACGACUCGUCGUUCACCCGCCUCGAUUUCCACCAAGGGGACAAUUAUACCUUUCAGCCGGAUAUGCUGCAAGCCAUGCUCGACGACGCAGAGGGCGGGCCCAUCACCCACCGAUCGCUGGCCAAGACCUUCAUUCGGCGAGACAAAGAGAGUCGCGCGGCAGGAGCCCCGAAAUUGCCUCUGAACUUGUGGUUUGUCCGGGUCUUGCAGGCUGUCGGCGCUGUAAACACUGCGCAAACCGGUGGCAUUCUGACCAGGGAAGUGGCGCAUGCCAUCUUCGCCGAGGAGAGGUUUCCGGAAGUUGUGCUGGAGAACCCAAAGAAAAGAACUGUCUUCACCUUGCUGGGGAACGCGCUCGCGAUGAUGCGCUAUGUCAUCUUUGGGCCGUAG